AGCUCGACAGCCACUAACCAUCUACUACUAGAGCUUGUCUUCUCCUGACAACUACCUCCUCCUCCUCCUCCCAACACACACAAGAGAGAUGGCUGCAUCAAAGCAGAUGGUUUUCGUGAUGGUACUGAUGGGCGUGUGGGCGUCUUGCCUUGGCGUACCGCAGUAUCCUCCCCCCCACCCACCACGCUACACCCCAGCCCCCUCCUACAAGGAGCCGGCACGCCCCUACAGCUAUUCCUACUCUGUUAAUGAUGAAUACAAGGGCCUGCACAUCAGCGCUGAUGAAACCUCCAAUGGGGCCAGCGUACAGGGGUCGUACCAGGUAGCCCUCCCGGACGGUCGCCUCCAGAACGUAGCCUACAACGCCGACCACUACGCCGGGUACAACGCUGAUGUCACCUACACCGGGGAGGCCCAGCACCCACACGAAGCUCCCCGGUAUCCCCUGCCCUAUCGCGGCUAGACCUACCAUAUCCAACCCUCUCCACCUGGUCUACUCUGUUAUGGCUUCUUUAGCUUCCAGCUCUCUUAAUUAGCUUCGCAAGUACUAUUCAGUAUUAAAUGAAGUCUUCAAAACAGUAACUUUUACAUUUCUUUAACGAAAAUAUUAGAAACUUCUUCAUUGAACCUACCAUCAAAGGGAUUACUCCCCGCCAUAAACAAUGGCACCAUUUAUUGAGGUUAGAAUUGCUUCAGCGAUCUAUACUAAAUUGUUCUACUUGUUUUGUUAAUUCCUACAAAGAGGCGAGAUCAGUCACCUGACCUAUGAAGCUUCAUUGAUCUGUCGGUGGAGUUCAGCGCUUGUGACGCAAAUCGGUGCAUGAUGAACUAGUUAAGAGUCAAGGCAGCGGGUGUGACGGGUCAGCUGUGUCUAGCCACCUGAGCAACACCUUGUGGCCGUAACUUCCCUCACCCACGACCGCCAGAACCACAUACGCCCACAAUCGCACACGUGACCUUCACACCAUCAUAGAAAUCCAAGAACAUUUUCUUGGUCCACUAACGCCAGGAAACAGUCCCACCACAAGUAUCAACACCCACGCCCACUAACACAGUCACCAAAAAUAUGACACCCACGUGCACUACUAACACACGCCCAUCAGAAGAACAAAAUUAUUUCCCUUCACGUUAACUGCACACUGACAACCACUACACCCUCCCACACCCAAUACACACACUACGUCCCACACACUCAAUGGGCAUCCAGUAUACAGUACUCCCAUUGCCAUACACACGUCGCUGCCGUCUUUCUUGCUAACUUGCUUUGUUGUGGAUAAAUUUUGUUUAUUGUUGAAUACUGUUGCACAUUUUCCAAUAAAAGUUAUUAAAAAUGUUAAAAUUGA